GGUGGCAUUGAGUUGACGUUCGAGAGCAGGACCCACCAAUCAGUUGAAAGAAAAGCUCGCCGACGUCACCGUUAAAGUGAGAGACCGUUUUUUGUCUGGAAGUCAAGAGCUUGUAAUAUUACAAGAACAGAAACAACUAAAAUGUCUCAGAUAUUAUUUGUACUGUCUUGAAGAGCAUCAGUGAACUAUCGUGUAUCGGUUGGAAGAGUUCAAAGUGGCUUGCGUGGAGGACUCACUUACUGUGGGCUUUCCCUUGAAGGAGCGAGGGGAGAGGAGGAUGGUCUCGCUCACUCCGGUUUGAGCAGUGAAUAAUGGAAUAAUGAACAGCCACCUCUGUUUUUCCGUCCGCUAGAACCGAGAACGGCUCUACUUACAAUUCCAUGCGGCCUGAAAUCGCUUCACCUCCGGCUGAGCUCCCAGCAUGUCUCGUGUCUCCUCUACGGCGAAGCGCUAUGCCGGCUCUUCUUAUACCAAUCACUACAGCUCAUAUGGCUCCUCCUUGACCCCGUCUCUGAGCUCCUACGAGAGGGACAAGCUGCCCUACAAGAGCUCCUCCUCAGGCUACUCCUCCAGCUACCUGAGCUCGAGCGCCAGCCGCUCCCGCAACUACAGCACAUCGUCCGAGCCGGACCGGGGUCGGCCUAUCCCUCGCACAGAUUUGCUGGCCGGCCGGCGCAGUGAGAGCCUGAGCCGCACGCCGGCAAAGGGCUAUGGCUCAGGCCUCAAUGGGGGCUCAGGAUACAGCAGCUACAGCUACUCUCCGGCCUCCACCAGCUACCUCUCCACCUCACCCGUGUCCUCCAGCAUCUCGCUCAGUCGCAGGAAGUCGGUGAGUCAGAGCGAUUUGACGCACGAUCUGUCAGCUCUGAGCCUCAGCGAGACCUCCAGCGGCAGUGGCCUGAAGCAGUCCUACCAGAGCCGAGGCACUGACGCGUCUGACUCCUACAGCAGCGCUCGCUCCAGCUAUGGCCUCUCGCGGAGCUCCACGCAGGAUGCUCUUGGCAGCAGCGGCCUGAAGAGCAGCAGCUAUCGCAGCUAUCGCUCCACGUCACCAGUCAGAGAGAACUCAAAGAGUGCCCAGGGUCUGGUGGGGCUUCGUAAUCUGGGAAAUACGUGUUUUAUGAACUCCAUCCUCCAGUGUCUUAGCAACACACAAAGCCUGCGAGACUAUUGUCUUCACAACUCCCACCGUCGAGACCUCAACAACAACAGUCGCACAAACACUGCUCUCAUGGAAGAGUUUGCCAAGCUGAUCCAAACAAUGUGGACUUCUUCAAGCAGUGAAGCCGUCAGCCCCUCUGAAUUCAAAACACAGAUUCAGAGAUUUGCCCCCAGAUUUGUAGGCUACAAUCAACAGGACGCUCAGGAGUUUCUACGUUUCCUGCUAGACGGCCUGCACAACGAAGUGAACAGAGUCACGGUCCGGCCGCGGGGAAACAUAGAAGACUUCGAUCACUUGUCUGAUGAGGAAAAAGGGAAAAAGAUGUGGGCUAAGUACUUAGAGAGAGAAGACAGCAAGAUUGUAGAUUUGUUCGUUGGCCAGCUGAAGAGCUCUUUGACCUGCAGUGAAUGUGGCUAUUGUUCCACUGUGUUCGAUCCCUUCUGGGAUCUUUCCUUGCCUAUCUCCAAGAAGGGCUAUGGAGAGGUGAGCCUAAUGGACUGCAUGAGGCUCUUUACUAAAGAAGAUGUGCUGGACGGGGACGAGAAGCCGACAUGUUACAGGUGCAAAGCCAGGAGACGAUGCACAAAGAAAUUUACAGUUCAGAAGUUUCCUAAAAUAUUAGUUCUUCAUCUGAAGCGCUUCUCAGAAGCCCGCAUCAGAACCAGCAAACUGUCUACUUUUGUCAACUUCCCCAUGAAAGACCUGGACCUCAGGGAGUUCGCCUCUGACAGAAGCAGUAGUGCAGUGUAUAACUUGUAUGCAGUGUCCAAUCACUCAGGCACGACUAUGGGAGGCCACUACACAGCGUACUGUUGCAAUCCUGAAAACGGGGAAUGGUACACGUAUAACGACUCCAGAGUCACGCCAAUGUCAACCAGCCAAGUUCGCAGUAGCGACGCCUAUGUGUUGUUUUACGAGCGAGCUGGACUCUGAGGACGGACUGUGGACAGAGAAGCCCCUUGGGCUGAAGACACUACACAUUUGCUGCUUCCUCUGGCCCAUAAUGCAGAAUGAACAUCGCUUUCUGCUGGCCAUCGGGAGAAGCACACACAAUGCCCUCUCACACUCCACCACUGUGUUAAAGAGGUCAUCACGCCUCUGUGUGUUUGUGUGCGAGUGUCCGGGCGGCUCGUCAUCAGGCAAUAACCCAAGUGGCUCCGACUCAGAUGUCUCUCUAUGCACUGCAACCAAACUCUCAUCCCGAUCGCCUUCCUCUUGAUUAAGAACGCCUCAAUACAAAAAACUUUGUUUCACUUGAUAUUUGUUUUGAAAUUUUCUUCAUGCUUUUUUAAGUAUUUGUCCACCCUGUCAACCUGGGAGAUAAACCGGAUUGAGGCGCCCUCUAGUGGGCUGCCGAGGAGUUACAGAAGUGCGCUGUCCAGGCCUGUUACAGUACGUAUUGUUCUUUCCAUCACCUCUUCCGUUCACCUCCGCCACCCAUCAUCUUUUCUGUGUAUGCUUUGUUCUCUCCUCCACUCUGUCUUUCUUCUCAACUUCCUGAAGGAGUCACGGGAGUUUGUUGUGAAAGUCUGUGGUGGUGAGAGAACGGCGUGUGCCGUGACUUUUAUUCAGUGUGGCUGCUACUGAAAUCUUUGAAAUGCUGUGAAUGGAAAUGAGGACGGGAGGAGAAAUGAUGCUGACAGUAUAUGGAUCCUUGAUCUCAUGCCAUUUGAACAACAUGGAAAGAAUGUUUUGCAAAAGAAAAUCUGUAUAUUUUUAUAAAUGAUGCAAAUAGAGAAUGUACUAUAAACAGUGGUGCUGAAAAUGACCCAUUACUGUUGUCAGUUAAUUUAACAGAGGUAAGAGAACAGCAUCUAUUUAUGCUUACAGGUCAGGAAAUAAUGUGAUGCGAGUCACACUGUGGCAGUCAAAGUAUAAAUAUACAUAUAUAUGUAUGAAUAAAUUUUAGAAGAAUGAACUGUUACAAUCCUCUCAUGAGUUUGUGUUUUGUCUUUGCCUUCCGGUUCUUAUGAAUGACAAGGGUUUAUUUAAUUCUAUUAAAUAUUAUUAUGUGAACUGUUUUAUUUGACAUUUUAUAACCCUGUUACUAAGAUUUGGGACAUACAUUUUAAAACCUUGGAUUAUAUAUGUACAUUUAUAUACACACACAGAAAAGAAAAAAGAAGAGACUGUCUGGACAAUUAGCAGUUUUUCUGGAUUUACAAUUUAUAUGUAGUAUGUGUUAAUUAACAUUUUUGUUUUAUUCUAUAAACUAGUGACAACAUUUCAUCCAAAUUUCAAGUAAAAAUGUUGCAAAUUUUGUCCUAAAUUAUGCUGUUUCUCAGUAAGAGUAAGCUAGUUUGAGAGCAAAUGUUGGUUUGUAUUUACUAUUAAACCUAAUUAUCAAUA